UCAUAUAACAAUGUUUCUGAUUGUUGUUCUGUUAGCUGUAUAUUUUUACAUGUACAAACUUCGUGAGGAUAGCUCCGGAUCGUUAAAAGUUUCAUUGUUUUCAUCGAACGAGGAAUCCGGAAUGUGCAAAUAUGCCAUGAACACCCCAUCAUCCUUGAUGAAAAAAAUCCUGAAACAUGAUUCGAAUGCCGUUAAAGAAAAUCUUCGUGUAUCCGUCUGCGUCUUUCGAAAAAUAAUAAGCCUAAUGCCUUACAAGCGCUCCGGUUGGGAGAGGGAAGUUGAGCUGUCAGUGUUCCUAUACUGGGUGGCAUCUGGAACAAGUUACCGGGUAACCGGAGUAAGUUUCGAUAUUCCUCGGACUACCGUCAAACGAAUUUGCACGAAAAUGCUAACGUUUGUCAUCGAUGUCCUUAUGAUGCAAGUCAUCAAGUACCCAUUAGAUGGAGAAUUGGGUGAGAUAGGCGCAGGAUUCUGCGCUCGAGCUAAAACAGGGAUAUUCGAGAGAGCUGUAGGUGCGAUUGAUGGAACUCACAUCCGGAUCAAAUGUCCUCCUGCUUUACAUGACCAGUACAUAAACCGUAAACUAGACUAUUCCAUCCAAUGUCAGUCGGUAUGUGAUAGCAAACAAAAAUUUGUAGACGUUUGUGUGGGUUAUCCGGGUUCAGUACACGACACCAGAGUUUUAUACAAUAGUCCGUUAUAUUACCGACGAUUGUACCCCCCUCCAGGAUACUAUUUACUCGGCGACAGCGGAUAUCCGUGCAGUGUUACUCCAAUUUCCAUCAUAACACCGUUUAAAGAAACUGAACGACGACGGUUAACUCCAAUGCAGAAAAAAUUCAAUAAUCUUCACAGCAAAGCCAGGACUGUCGUAGAAUGUGCUUUCGGGCAGAUGAAGGCGAGGUGGAGAGCGAUUUUCAGAAAGGAUUUGGAACUACGAAUCGACAAUUGUGUGAAAGUUAUUGUAGCGUGCUGCGUGCUCCAUAACAUCUGCAUAGAUGCGAAUGAUAUUAUGGAGGCCGAAACAAUUCUCGAUGAGCAGAUAGACGAUAUGAACGUACGACAGGAAGGUGAAUUCCAACCAGUGAGGGAUACGGGGGAAGGCAUUGCUUUUCGGCAGCAACUCCUAGCUUUAAAUGUUUUACUAAAAUCUGAUAAGUCUUAA